AUGCCGCCUCGCUCCUUGCACCUCCACGGUGCGUUUGCACCAGCGUCAGCGUCGGCAACAUCCGCAAUUGCGAGGGCCGCCGCUGUCAGGCGGAUUGCGCGACACGCUUCAUCCCUCCGAUCAGCGUACCAGCAGCAUCCCACCAAGCUCGACUCGUCCGGCGCGCUGCUUUCCAGAGUCUCGGGACCGAUCGACAAGCCGCUCUGCGAGCUCUCCCUCGGACAGUUCUGGCACCAAGCCGUCGCAAAGUAUGCCGAACGGCCUGCGCUCAUCUCAAAGCACGAACCGGCAUCCCAGCACGGCAAAGGUGCUUCCUCCAACGACUGCAUUCGCUGGUCGUACGGCGAAAUGAACGAGCACGUACAGAGUCUCGUUGCCGGCCUCCAAAAGCUCGGGGUCCGCAAAGGCGACCGUGUAGCUGUCCUCAUGAUGAAUUGCUCUGCGUACGGUGCCUUGCAGUGGGCAUGUGCCGAGAUUGGCGCGGUGCUCGUCACGCUCAACCCUGCGUACAGCACGUCCGAGCUGCGGCGCGCCAUCACGCUCGUCGAGGCUACCACUCUUUUUAUCGUUCCGUCGUUGCGCGGAUCCAACUAUCUCGACUCGCUCCUCGAGCUGCUCCCCUCGCUCGCAGGCUCGACAUCCUCGGGCGGCGACGCCACAGUCUUGGACGAUCCAGAGCUUCCAUCUCUCAAACGCAUCGUGCUCGUCGACAAUCUCGACAGCCGCCCGCGUCACUGGGAAAGCAGCAGCGUGCUUGCUCAGCAAGGAAAGUCGUUCUCCGAUGCAAUGGCAGCUCUGAACAAUCGUGCGCUCGACUAUCGCGAUCUUCUCGUCUCUUCGUCACCCAGCAGCGCCAAGGAGGAGGUGCACAACACCGACGUCAUCAACCUCCAGCUCACCUCGGGCACCACAGGAAAGCCCAAGGCAGUCGCUCUGAAUUCUCGAAACCUCCUCAACAACGGCAUCGCUAUCGGCGAUAAUCUCAGGUUCACCGAAGCCGACAAGCUCUGCAACGUGCCGCCUCUGUUCCACUGUUUCGGCCUGGUCUUGGGCAACUUGGCGGCUUGGACUCACGGCGCCUCCGUUGUCUACGCCGCCGAAGGAUUCGACCCACUCCGAUCGCUUCGCGCCGUCUCGGAGGAACAGUGUACAGCUAUGCACGGCGUACCCACCCACUUUAUCGCCGAGCUCGAACUGCUUGAAUCCGCUAGAGACCAUGCCGAAGACCCAUCGCGCUUUCCCGUCCCGAAGGGCAUGCUCGAGGGCGAGACGUUCGACUUUUCCUCCUUGCGCACCGGCCUCACCAGUGGUUCGACGGUUCCCAUCGCAUUGAUGGAGGCCCUAGUCAGCCCGGGCAAGCUCGGUCUCCGCGAGCAGACGGUGGUGUACGGCAUGACCGAGACUUCUCCCGUCACGUUUGGCUGCGAUGUGGACGCGCCUAUUGUCCGCCGAUGCGAGACGGUGGGACGCGUCUACCCCCACGUCCAUGCCAAGAUUGUCUCGCCCGACGACCCUACUGGCAAGCCGCUGCCCGUGGGCGAGCCGGGAGAACUAUGCACGGCAGGCUACGUCGUCAUGCAAGGCUACUGGAAGGAUGCCAAACGCACCGACGAAGCCAUGGAGCGGCACCCAGACGAGCCCGACAUCCUCUGGAUGCGCACGGGCGACAUUGCCAUCAUGGACGAAGAGGGCUACGUCCGCAUCGUCGGCCGCUCCAAGGACGUCAUCAUCCGCGGAGGCGAGAAUCUCUUCCCGCCCAACAUCGAAAACUGCAUCGAUCGCAUGGAAGGCGUUGCCACCAACGCAGUCAUCGCCGUCCCCGACGACAAGUACGGAGAGGCGGUGGGAGUGUUUGUUGCGAGAUCGCACGCGGAGGCGCACGUCUCGCCAGCGGAGGUGCGUGCCUAUGUCAAGAAGCACGUUGGCGGACAGAGUGCGCCCGCCUGGGUUUGGUUCCUCGGCGAGGAUGGCGUCCCCACCGAGUUUCCCAAGACUGCCUCGGGCAAGAUUCAAAAGGUGCGUACACGCGUCCCUUGCUUUAGACUGAAAGCGUGCCGCUCCGACGCGGAGAGAACCACUGAGCCUGACGAUCUGAUUUGCUGCCUUGUCCUCGCUGCUCUUUCGGUCAACCUUGUCGCCAUGAUGCUCGGUCGGACCCGUGAACUCUAUUCCAUGCCCGUCAUCCUCCGCGACUGGGCCAAGGACCUCGCGAGCAAGAACCAGGGCAAGACGGAAAGCGGCAUGGCACCCCAGUCUGCUGAGAGCGCCCGUGCAGCGCCGCGUCCGAGAAGCUCGUUCAUGCGCCUGGAUGCAGCCAGUCCUCCUCAUCGAAACUCCACCGAUUCCCGAUCAUCAUUGAUACUCAAGAUCACCAAGAUGCGGUCAUCCGGCGGUGAUGUUCACCGCUCGUGCUCUUUUUGGGCCACGAUCGCCGUUCUCUUGCGGAUAGCCGCCACCGGAAGAUGCGAUGCUCCGGAGAUAAGCCUUGGUGCCGAAACUGCAAAGAGCGCGGCAUGCCGUGUAAGUCCAUCCACCCCGAUACUGUGUGGCCAGGCAGACCAGCUGACCAAGUGUUUCUCUCUGUUCCUAGGCGUGUACGACACGGGCCUGAUCAGGAUCAAGAAGCACGAUGAUGAUGGGCCGCACCAAUCAUCCACGCUUCUUUUCCCCGCGACCAACCAGAGCAUCCCUCUCAUCCGUGAACUCGAAUCGCUCUUCAGCAAAUUGUGGUCAAGAACUCGGGGAUGCUGGUUGCGUGCAACCGCCGCGCGCCCCGCCCAGCAGGAGACCACGCCAGACAUCGACUACCAGAACGGACUUUCGCAUAUCCUUGCCGAGAUCAUCUCUAUGCUUGCUGUCAAGACACUUCCGUUCGGCGACAGACUGGAGCGUAUCAGCGCUGUCGUCCUCGCCACGGGCAGCAGAGCAGCUGCCACCGACUCGUUCGCGUCCAUCCCACAUCACCACAUCGACAGCCAGACUCUGGACAAGCAACGUCAACUCCAGCUCGUCGACCUCGCCUAUUGCAGCCAUCCCUUCCUGGCGGUCAUCUUAUCUAAGACUCUGUUCAUGAGGGCCUUUAACCAGGGCGCGCACGACAAAGUUCUACUAAACGCCAUCCUUUUGGCGGGUCUGGGUCUCAAGUGCACCCUGACGGGCACCGCCGAGGCGGCUCGCGAGGAGCUGGUCGAGCUCCACGUCAUGGCCAACAGGACGGCCGCAUCGCUGUUCAGCGUGUUGCUCGGCAGCCUCAACGCCAACAGGCUUCAGACCUGCGUGCAGAGCAUCAUGCUGCUCGCCUGGCACGACCUCACGCAAGGCCACACCAGGCGCUCGUCGACUUGGUGGACGAUGGCAUGCGAUCUGAUCCUGCGCGUGCGCUCGCUGCGUGCGCAUGAAGACGUGAUCGAAAGCCAGAUCAACGGCUUCGACAUCACGUCGCUGCGCGAGGAGGAGCUGGAACACAUGCAGGCCAUCAGUCAGCUCAUGCUGCUCUACUUCGAAACCUCGCUGGGCGCGAUUCCGGUGCCGCACAAUCUGCUGUGGCGCAGCGCCAGCCGCAACAAUCUGGCAGCGGCCUCAAACAUAUGGGAGCUCGACGACAUCAGCGGCAACGUGGCCUCAGCCGAGGGACUCAUGCGUGCACGCCGAAUCGUCCACCGCAUCCAAGCGGUGCUCAGCAGUCUGUCGGAUCGACACGCCGACCUCAAGAACGCAGGCGACCCCAUGGCGGCCAGCGAGGAGCACGAAGGCAAGGUGAGCUCAUUGCUCAUGUACGCCGGCUUCACGGGCAUACGCAUGGCGGGUCCGAUCCUGACGCUCAGCGCACUGCUAUUGUGUCUCCACCGCUAUGGUGCGAGAGAGAUGGACAAGGUGGCGGUGACCAGCAUCAUCCGUGUCUGCGCAGCCGCGUGUCUGCAUCUGCGAGAAAUCUUCGGCGAUGCGGUCUGCACCUCCACCCGCACCAGCUCGGCCGUUUCCUUGUCGGAAGCUGCUGCCGACUCGUCGAUCGCUCUCUGCAUCAUGGAAUGCGUAGCCCAAGCGUUCGGUGCCCUAAUGGUCGAGUGUGGCGCAGCUCAUCCGGGCGAAGCGCCUUUCUCGAGAGCCACGGACGAUUCCGGCUCGAUGAAGCUCUCUCGAGGAGCGCAGCAGAUGGUGGUGGAGAAGCUGGGCGUGGUGAUGGGCAUCGUGUGCACCAUGGUGGACUGCCUCGACAAUGUGCCAGUAGGCGGUGCUCGCGCCGGGCGCAUUGGCAACCUGCUCUACCGGCUGCGUGGCCGGCUGGAAGCGCUGCAGAUCCAGGCGGACGUGUCGUUCGCGUUCGAGACGGCAUGCACCAGCAGCAGCGCCAGCAACUCUCAAGGCAAAAGACCCAGUCUUACGGAGGAUGCUCAAAGCGAGUCCGAGCCGGAUGUGAUGGCAAGGAGCAUCGAUGGUUCUUACGACGAAACCAGGGCACCAGCACCAGCGUUGGAGCACGGAGGUCAAGUAUCGACGGAGCGCCACGCAGUGACGUCGGUAUCAGCAUACGGCGCCGCUCCGCACGCCUCGGCUGCCAGCGCUUUCAGCGAGGCGUACGCACCCUCGCUGCCUCUGCAGCAAUACUCGUUCAACAACCAGGUGAUGUACGCGCCGGGGCCGAUGUCGACGUGGAGACCAGGUGUUGUACCGAAUAUGGGAUCGGAGGGCAGCGCGUGGAUCACCGAGACCAAGGUGACCGAGACGCGAUCGGUGCAUGCAGCCAAGGGCGACGAGGACUGGACGGGCGGUGCAUUCUCAACUGCCGAGAUGUCAGCGUCGAGCUACAGCGAGAUGUCGGUGCCGAUGUCUAUGCCUCAGAUCGAAUCGGGCUUUCGCCGGGCUGGACCAAACACGGGGCUGUCGGAAUCGCUGCCUUCGAGCAUGGCGGGCAAGGCAUUUGGACGUGGGAUGCCGCAGUACGCCCACGCGCAUACGCAUGGCCGGACCAUGUCGAUGAUGCCCAUGAGCAUGCUUUACCGACACAAUGAAGGCGGACGCGAAGCUCACGGCACGGCAACGAGCGAGAUGGACUCCUUCUUUGCGCAGUCCGAGGGCGGGAUGGCCCAGAACGCUGGCGCUGUGGAUGGAGGCCGAAAGCGGGCGCGGGGUGAGGCUCAUGCGAUGCGACAGAUCUAUUCGGGAACAAAACCGGUGGCGAGCAGCAACAGCAACAGCGGCAGCAGCAGCAGCGGCGGCGGCGGCAGCGGCGGGACUUGUCGACGCACCGAGGUGAUCUGGGGUGCAACAACGGCGGAGGGAGAAGGACGGGCGAUUCCCGCUGCAGCAGCGCUGGCAUCGAUCCAGCGCGUUGAGCCGCUGACCGACGCGGCGUACGCGAUGGCUGCGAGCGCAGACUGGCCGCUCGAGAUCAGGGAGCGGUCGAUGAGCUGCAGCGACGGGUCGAGCUGUGCAUCGUCGCGAUCCGAAGCGGACCAUGGCUACGAUACGGCCAACGACGCCUGA